UCAUGCUGUUGAUCCACAGUCUGGGUGCUCUUAUCUGGGAACUGGGCUGUGAGUGGGACUGGCGUUGUUGUCCACAGUUACGAUGAUCCGGGGCUAAAAACAACAACAUCUGGGGCUGAAGCCCUGAAAGCCCAUGUCUAACGACGCGCCUGGUGCUAAAUAAAUAAAACAGACUUUAACUGAGCAUUCAAUUAAUAAUAAUAUAUAUUGAUAAACAUUGUUUUAUUACAAUUAUUGUAAUUGUAUCUUUGUAUUAUUCUCAUCCUAUUACUAGACCUCCUGGCACUCAGACAGACUGUGUGUGUGUGUGUGUGUGUGUGUGUCAGUGAUCCUCAUAUGACACCAGGAUUAUGAGUUUAGGAUAAUAAAGCAAUUACACACACACACACACACACACACACACAGAGACAGACGGAUGAAGUGUGUGUUUCAGACGGUCGAGUGUCAGAAUGCCGGAGUUUGAUGUGAUUGUCCUGGGAACGGGACUGAAGGAGUGUGUUUUAUCUGGACUGAUGUCCGUCAACGGGAAGAAGGUCCUUCAUAUCGACUGUAACCCGUAUUAUGGAGGAGAGAGCGCCUCCAUUUCACCUCUGGAGGAGCUUUAUAAGAGGUUCCAGGUCUCUGCUCCUUCCACACCGAUGGGACGCGGGAAAGACUGGAAUGUGGAUCUGAUUCCCAAGUUCCUCCUUGCGAAUGGCCAGCUGGUGAAGAUGCUGCUCUACACUGAAGUCACUCGCUAUCUGGACUUCAAGGUGGCUGAAGGCAGUUUCGUGUUUAAAGGAGGGAAACUUCACAGAGUUCCCUGCACUGAGGCCGAGACGCAAGCGUCAGAUCUGAUGGGGAUGUUUGACAAGCGCAGGUUCCGGAAGUUCAUGUCCUUCAUCCUAAACUUUGAGGAGAACGAUCCCCGGACGCAUCACGACAUGGACCCUCGCAGGACCACCAUGAGGGACGUGUUCCGUCACUUCGACCUGGGUGAUGAUGUCGUGGAGUUCACAGGUCACGCUCUCGCCCUUCACGUCAGCGACAAUUAUCUGGAGCAGCCGUGUCUGGCGACCAUCAACCGGAUCAAGCUGUACUCCGAGUCUCUGGCGCGCUACAGCCUCAGCCCGUAUCUCUACCCGCUGUUCGGUCUGGGAGAGCUUCCGCAGGGAUUCGUCAGGCUCAGCGCCGUCUACGGGAACAGCUACAUGCUGAACAGACGCGUGGACGCCAUCGUGAUGGAGGGCGGGCGAGUGGCGGCGGUGCGAUCCGAGGGAGAGGUCUUCCGCUGUAAGCAGCUGAUCUGCGACCCCAGUUAUGUGCCGGAGCGCGUGAAGAAGGCCGGCCGCGUCAUACGGGUCAUCUGUCUGCUCAACCACCCCAUCAAAAACACACAUGACGCCAACUCCUGCCAGAUCGUCAUCCCACAGACUCACCUCAACCGGAAGUCAGAUAUCUACGUGUGUCUGCUGUCCUACACUCAUAACGUGGCGGCCGAAGGGAAGUACAUCGCUGCCGUGAGCACCAUGGUGGAGACCAGCAACCCUGAGAAGGAGGUUCAGCCCGGACUGGCGCUGCUGGAGCCCAUUAUGCAGAAGUUUGUGUCGGUCAGUAACCUGAUGGUCCCGACGGACGAUGGCCGCCACAGUCAGAUCUUCAUCUCUCGAUCAUAUGACGCCACGACGCACUUCGAGACAGAGACCGAAGACAUCAUGGAUAUGUACCGCCGCAUCACGGGGUCAGAGUUCAUCUUCAGGAACCCUCGAGAUGGUGACGGUGAUUCUGACGAAUGAACAAGGGACAGAUCAGCCAAACCUCAUCCUUCUGUCAUCAUUACCAAUCUGACAUAACUAAGAAACACUGUAUCUGGGGGUUUUUGUCCUUCAGAAUAUCUACUGAAGAACGAAUGUCAUGAUGACAGAACGAUGGUUUUUGGGCGGACGAUCCAUAAGGAUGAGUAUUUGCCCCUGCUGUUGAUUUUCAGGGUCAGAAACACGAAACUACAUCAGGCUGCGACUACAUUAAUCCAGAUUCAUCUGAAAUCCACUUUUCCAAAAGUUUCUUGUCCACACUGAAAACACUUACUGCAUGAAAUCUGAUAAAAGCUCCCCAGCACCAGACUUGAUCAAAUUCUUCUGACAUGAUCAUUUCAUUAGCAAAUUAUCUGGCCACUUUUACUGGUCUCACUAAAUCGCCAUGUUUGGUCUCAAAGGCAGUCGUUCUCAUGUUGGACCGCAGUACAUCUUCUGUCACCUGUGCAGGAAUUGAAUAUGAAGAUUCUACAAAAAUUCAUCUUUGGCAACUUUACGAAAGUGAAAUGCACAAAUAGACAUGGAUAAUUAUGGGUACGAUAUGUGUCACAUGACUAAAUGUGUGCAUCGUUUUCAGACACCUUCGUUUUCAGUCCAAACUAUAAUGUAUAUCCGCUUGAGAAGGACGAACCGUAUACGUGUGUCUGGAUUAAUGUAGAUGAAGCCUUAGCUAAUUCAAAUCAACUCUAGAGUCAAACCCACACCGAGCUUUUCUUUUGAACAGGAUCACUGAUGUUUGUUGUAAGGGUUUCCUUCACGGCCAUGUUUUCCUACAGUAGUCUUCUUCACUUCUGUGUGUUCUGUGAUGUUUGUUGUAGAUGGUAAUAAAGAUGUGCACAUGAUGACGAGUGUGUGUUC